UCAGGAUCCAAGGCUUUAAUUAUCAGUAAUUGGGAUUGGCGCAAAGCGGUUGGAUUGGAUCCGGGCGAUGGAUUAGGGCAGAGGGAGAGGAAGAGAGAACGAUUGGCGGAAGAAUGACGCGAGGGAAUCCACAGGCGUAUGGCGAGGCGUCCUACUGGGACAAUCGCUACAAGAACGAUUCCUCCACAUUCGAUUGGUACCAGCGCUACGCAGGUCUGUCGGCGCUGCUCCAGAAAUAUGUCCCAAAAACUUCACGGAUCCUCAUGGUCGGCUGUGGGAAUGCCGCUAUUUCCGAGGAUAUGGUGAACGAUGGCUAUCAAGAGAUUGUCAAUAUUGACAUCUCCACGGUCGUGAUCGAGGCAAUGCAGCAAAAGUAUCAGCACGUCCCCCAGCUUAAAUAUAUGACAAUGGAUGUGCGGGAUUUAUCAACAUUCGAGGAUGGAUCUUUCGAUGCUGUUCUAGACAAAGGCAUGCUGGAUUCACUCCUGUGUAUUGCUCUAUUCCAGUGUGGGACUAGCGCAGCCAUAAGUGCUGCGAAAAUGCUUGAAGAAGUUUCAAGAGUUUUGAGAGGAGGAUCUUCAUACAUCUUGGUUACAUAUGGUGAUCCUCGAGUUCGAUUGCCACACUUGCAGGUUCCAGCAUUGAACUGGAACAUAACACUUCACAUUCUUCCCAGACCCGGGUCACAGAAAUUUGACGAUGUGUCGUCCCCGGAGUUUUUAGAACCAGUUCCCAUCAACGAGGAUGGCUCAAUCGGGCCACACUCAGCUCUAGACUCGAAUUUACACUACAUUUACGUUUGCACGAAGACUGGUGAUGUCGGUGCAAAGAAGGGUGGAAGGCCUGGGAAGAAGUGAUGGAAGGAAUUCUAUUAAGAUAGAUUGGCUAACUUGUUUUGCUAUCGUCUAUGAGGAAUCGAACCCUUGCCUCCUCUUUUGUAAA